UGAUACCUUCAUAGAAUUUCAUUCCAACACAUGUGUCUGUGGCCCCUAAAAAUUAAGGCUCUAUUCAUUCCAGCUGGGAUUCACAGUCUCCAUGGAAACCUGAGAUUUGUCAUCUCUGUCAUCAAGUUUUCAUUAUAGUUCCCAAACAAAAUGAUCGUGGAAACGUUUUAACUUUAUCUUCUUUGUUGUUUCCAGAAGGUCAAAAUAAUAUUUCUGCUUUUGUACAUUAGCAUGGUCGCUAUCCUCUGUCUUUAUUUUCUUUUUUUUUUCCUUUCCUUUUUUCGCAAGUGACCAGGAUGUCCACUAGGGGAAAGAUGUUUUUCUCUUCUAACCUUAAUUCUAAUCCUUUGUACUAAUCUGAAGUUUUACACCUGCUGGUACCCUACAUGCAGUACUCAGUACUCUGUUUUAUAUUGGUAGAAUAUUUUAAAUUUUUGUAAGAGUUCUAACAUGAAUUUGAACAGAAAUAGAACCAAAGAAAUACAGAACAUACCGUAGAACCAUUCUUUCACAUCUUCUCCAACAAGAACCUCAGAAAUGUCUGAAUAAACUGAACCAUUUUUUUACCCUCUCACACACGCACAGACAAAAACAUGUAUCUAUUAAAGAGAAACACUGCCCCCUAGUGGAAAACACUUGUCAAGAACGUGUGAGAAAGUGAUGAGAAAGUCCUCACCUUUUAAACCUUUUUUAUAUUAUUUUAAUGAACAAAUAUAUCAGAACCGUAGAUGUUCUCCUUGGUUUGAGUUCUAAAAAUAAUUAAAACUAAUUUUAAUUCUAAUUCUUCUCCUCCUGUGUCUCAGGUGUUUACUCGCUAUGGGAAGUGUUAUACCUUUAAUGCAGGAAGCGAUGGACGUCCUCCUCUGAUCACCACCAAAGGAGGUAUGGGAAACGGCCUGGAGAUCAUGCUGGACAUUCCGCAGGACGAGUACCUGCCAGUCUGGGGAGAGACAGAUGAGACGUCCUUUGAAGCUGGGGUCAAAGUUCAGAUCCACAGUCAGGACGAGCCUUCGUUCAUAGACCAGCUGGGGUUCGGCGUGGCCCCUGGGUUCCAGACGUUUGUUUCCUGUCAAGAACAAAGGCUCAUAUACCUCCCCCCACCGUGGGGGGACUGCAAAGUGACGCCCAUGGACUCCGACUUCUUUGACAGCUACAGCAUCACAGCCUGCCGCAUCGACUGCGAAACGCGCUACCUGGUGGACAACUGCAACUGCCGCAUGGUGCACAUGCCCGGCGACGCUCCGUACUGCACCCCUGAACUGUACAAGGAGUGUGCUGACCCAGCUCUGGAUUUCCUGGUGGAACGAGACAACGACUUCUGCGUGUGUGAGACGCCCUGCAACACCACCAGGUACAGCAAAGAGCUGUCCUUCGUCAAGAUCCCCAGCAAGGUCUCUGCAAAGUACCUCGCAAAGAAAUACAACAAGUCUGAGCAGUACAUCAAAGAGAACAUCCUGGUUUUGGACGUUCUUUUUUGAGGCGCUAAACUAUGAAACUAUAGAACAGAAGAAGGCCUACGAGGUGGCAGGACUUUUAGGUACAAAGUUUCCGACUUCUGUCUUAUACAACAGACAAGUUAUCAACUGGUAUAAAAUCCUGUUUUCUGU